AAACCGGAUUAAUCUAAUCUGCUUGGCUUCCCAGCGAAAAUUUGCUUUGACGGAAAAAAUCCAGGCUCGGAACAUUUCUCGGGAAAAUUUUGUAUAAGGUUUGUGAUUGAGUCAUCGCAAUUGUAAUUCAUACUUUGUUGUUGGUGCUUGUUUUCCUAGGAUUUCCUCGGAAAGUUUCGACCUUUUUCAGGUAGUGGCAGUGUUCCGAUGAAAAUCGAUGUUUUUGGGAGGAAAAACUGUUCGAUCGAUGCAGAAAAACAUUUUAAGUUUUCUGGGUCGACCAUUUCUGCCCUGAAUUAGUUUGAGAAACGAAGAAUCAGGCUUUUUGAACCAGGCAGCGACCGUGUGUUCUCCUUGCUAUCUGAAGAAAAUCUCUGAAAUUCGACUGCUUUAAGGGCAUGCCAAUGAGCAGGAACGAUGACCAUCAGUCCUCAAGUGCAGGAGAGCUUGCUCAAACUCUGGUGGAAUUUUUGGAGGUAGCCGUUUCAUCCAUUGUCUUCCUCAAGGGCGUUUACCCUUCCGAGGCAUUCGAGAGACAGAGAUAUAUGAAUGUUGUGGUGCAAAGAGCUCGGCAUCCUGAGCUUAGGGACUAUAUCCAUUCUGCUACUUCUGGGCUUCUUCCCUUUAUACAAAAGGAUCUGGUUGAAAGAGUGGCAGUCAUCUUUUUCAACAAGGAUAACAUUCCCAUUGAAAGGUUCAUCUUCAAGCUCACCAUCAAUCCAUCUCACGAAACCGACGCAGCUCAACUGGAAUUCUCGCUUAGGUCCUUCUUGAUCAAGCUUCCCUUCUCAAAACCCCUCUUAAAGACUCUUCCCCUUGAUUGCAGAUGGGAGGUAACGGCAUAUCUCAGAUCUCUUCCCGAGGUGGGUUCGAGCAAAGAUGCAGAGACAUGGAUACCGACGGACACGAAGCAGUGGCAGAAGCCGCCAUUGAUUACUCCGAUCAAGUCUCUGGACAGUGACCCACUUUGCUUGCAGCUUUACUUGGAACAUCCAAGUUCUUCAUGAGUAGUUGUACUGUUAACUUAACCUCUUGUUCGUACAUUUCUAAUAAUAACAUGUAACUUGAUGUAAAAUAUAUCAUUUGUAAUCAUAAAGUAAGUUACUUUAGACAGUGUUA